CGGCAUCGAAACGCAGCUGUGCAAAAACAUUCGAAAACGAUGGCACUAGACCAGCAACGGGUUGAGGGAGUGACAAGUGCCGAACCGGAGACGCCUCUGUCAGAGAAGGAGAAGAAAGAGCAACGGGCCCGACUGAUCAAGGCCCUGGGACGAUUCAGGCCAAGCGAUGCGACUCCCCUGCAGUUUUACAAUUGUGUCCGGGAGAUGUGCAUCAUGCACAAUUGCAGCAUUGACGAGGGCCUCGAACGGGCGGCCAUCGGUUGGCCCAAACUAAGCAUUAGACAGCGGCAGCUUUACAAUUCGCAACGCCAUGCGGAGCUGCCCAUUCCAGUGCCGCGUCACCUCAUCUACAGUGCCUUCGAAAAGGAACGAAACGGUCUUUGGACCUUGGGCCGCUCCUCGGCGGGCAACACCGGACAGACAAUGUACACAGUGGAGGCAUACAAGCCACCGCGGAAACUAUCCAGGAUGAGGUCCCAACUGAACGCCAAGAAACCCAUUUACGACAAUUUGCGGAGUGUAUCGCCAAGGAGUGCCGCCACCCAAAGUCCUCCGUCAAAGAAGGCUGUGUGGGUGUCGCCAGCCUCUGGCCGCAGGAUCCGGUCUCUGACGCCGACGCCAGUGCCAAAACUUCCGAUAAAAGGAUCAAAGGGAUACGAAAGUCGCAGCCCGGAGAAUAAACAGAGAAAACGCAGACUAGGAAAGAAAAGGAAUCGAAAAAGUGGAACGAUGAGCCCCAAAAGCUGGUCUGGGUCAAGCUCUCCCUCAGGAUCCACAUCCAGGUUCGGCUCCGGAUAUGAAACACGUUUCGGGUCGGCUGGUAGUGGCAGUAUUGGCACCACAGCUGAAAAACUCUCAAGCAAACAGAAGAAAAAGGUCAAAUCAAAGAAGAUUGCUAAAAAAUCGAUCAAGUCAGGUCCGCAAACCAAUUGGGAACGAGCCAUUUGUACCGUUCAACAGUAUCUCAUGGAGCAAACCCAUAGACCUCAUUGGGACAAAAUGUUGGUCUCACGUCGAGUGGAUGCUCCCCCAUGAUAAUCUUCAAAAUAUUUUAACACUGCACCGAAUUGAUAGUCCAAUGGACAAGUUUGUGGUUCAUUCUCCUGCGGCUCAUUGUUGCUGAAACUGUCGAUUGAGUUGGAUAAUUCCUGCAGCUGUUCAAUCACUGGACGAAUUUGUGGUUCAUUCAUUGGCUCAUUGUUGUUCCAUGCCCGAACUCUAUCGUGAACGAACUUUAAUUCGUCUUGUAUAAUGGUCAUCCUAUCGUUCGCUUCCUCCAACUUUUUAGUCAAGCAUUUCUCAGUCAUUUUGUACUUCAUCUGCAACCAGCGGAGCAACGCGAUUUCAGUGACGAGGUUUGCAUUAUUCGUUCUUAGAUGGUUAAUAACGUCCUCCUCGUCCGAAAGUCGAUUUUCGUCGAUCCGCAGCUCCCCCAGGGCGGCAUUGAGCUCUGUCUUUCUCUGGUCGGCCACAGCUUGUAGCUCGUCAUUCUACCUCUUACGCAUUUCCACUUCGUUUAGUAACUUUUCCUUGUCUUCGGUCAGACUGGACUGGUCAAAAUACGAUAUAUACUGUUACAAACACUAAAAAUACUAGGGAAUCUACCAAAAAUACUAUCGAAA